UCCGCGCCCGCUGUUGUCGGGCAGGCUGGUCUCCCGGGCCGGACGCGCGGUGCAUUCUGGUCUCUCGGCGGUCGGUGGCCAUGGGGAGCGAUUUCUACCUGCGCUAUUAUGUGGGGCACAAGGGGAAAUUCGGCCACGAGUUCCUGGAGUUCGAGUUCCGGCCGGACGGAGGUUCUAAACUGCACCUGGUAUGUUUGGGUACCAGUCGUGAUGGGGUACUAUUAACAAUCUUGGCACUAUGGCUUUUUUUUAUGGAUUUAGUUUUAGAAACUACUCUUAAAAACUUGAAAACUAAUGUUUGUUUUUUGUCCUUUAGGGAUCCGGAAGGGUUACGAGUGUUUUACUAUCUGGUGCAGGACCUUAAGUGUCUAGUCUUCAGUCUCAUUGGAUUACAUUUCAAGAUUAAGCCAAUUUAAAUUGUAUAAUUUUGAGUUUGUAUUGUAAUGUUGCAAGGGGUGGGACACUUUCAUUCCUUAUCUCUUCUUGGAUAGAACUUUUAUGUAUGUUUAGAAUUUUUUUUUACAAACUGUAAGUGAAUGUCUUUAAUAAAAAUGGUGAAACCUGUAUUUUUUUAAUUUAAAAGUUGUCCAUGUAAUCGAGGUCUCAAUCUCUGAACACCGUUUACUUUCAUUACUGUAUAUCCAAGAUGAGUGGCUUUGAGUUCCUGUAGAUCAGUUCAAUAUCUAGUUUUAGAAAAAACAAUAUUUUAACUGUUCUAUCCAUAUAGCACUCCGGGGCAGAACAAAUGAAGUUCUAUAGAUCCCUGGAAUUAAAACUCUUGUCAGAGCUCUUAAGAUAAGUUUGUGUCCCAAUCUUUAAAUGGAUGCUUUGAACAUCAGUUAAUGAUCAGAUAAGAACUGAAGCCCUGGUUCUGUGCUGGCUUUGUUUUAGCUGUCUCAGUGAUUGACACGCUAUCAAAACUGACACUUUUUCCUGAUACCUGCUCUUAAACCUCUGAAUGGAAGCUUUAAAAGAUUAUUUGCUUUUUACGUGAAGGAUUGAUAAUCUAUUUCUUAAAUAUGGAUCAAUCUCCUUUUCUGUAUUGUUCAAAUUCUUAUUAUCUUAAAAAUAUUUUUAAAAUACUCUUAUAUCCCCCAUAAGUCUGCAGAAUUCAUUUGCUAAGGAUAUAAUUGUAAACAUGUGACACAGUAGCCCAGUUUGAGGUAACUUUGCCCAUGCAAACAAAGUAUAUUUUAGGCAAAUUAUAAUAUGACCAUACAUGUGGGGAAUAUAAAUGUUUGUCUAGUUACAUCAAGUAUUUUAGGUUGAAAAUGUGACUAUCUUUACAUCUGUUUCUCAGGUGGUAAAUCAGCUGCAUGUAUUUUAAAAUUAUCCUUUUAAAAAAUAUAUUUGAAAUCUAUGUAAACAUUAAGAUGGCCUACUGUGUAAAGAAGGGUGUUUAAAAGAACCAUCCUAUUUUUGUUUUAGACAUCAUGUUUUGUAUUUUUAUAUACACUAAAAUAAGUUUUGCAUA